AUGUCUCGAGCCACAAGACGAAAGCACGUUCAGCUAGAGGUCCUGCACGACGAUUUUUCAGCCCCAACGGAAAACCAACGAAUCGUUAAAGUCCUCAACAGCAGAGGCAACAAUUUGCACGAAGUAGAAGCACCCGACAAGUCAACCUUCCUCGUCUCCAUGCCGACAAAGUACCGCAAAAACGUUUGGGUGAAACGAGGCGAUUUCGUGUUGAUCGAGCCGAUCGAAGAGGGCGACAAAGUAAAAGGAGAAAUGGUCAGGAUACUCACCCACGAGCAUAUCAAGUAUUUCAAAAAGGACAAUGUGUGGCCGAAAGAGUUCGAUGUUAAAAAAGAGGAAAAAAGCGACGGUGAUGACGUUUUUGUAAAUACGAACAGACCGGUGGUCGAUAGUGAUGAAACCAGUGAUUCCAGUUCGGAUGAUGGAAGUCAUAAAAGUGACAGUGAUAGUUAG